GCAGGAACAGAGCCCCACCUUCACCACCUGCUCCGCCCACCGAAAAGCGAGACCGAGAAGACGCGAGAGAGAGAGAGAGAGCUCCGGAGAUGUCGGCGGACGAGCUGCGGCUGGACCUGGAGGAGCUGCGGCGGCUGGAGGGCCUCGCCAAAUGCCCCCGCGUCCAGUCCCUCCUCUCCGCCGAGAUCCGCAGCGUCGACACGAAGUUGGCGAAGGCAGCUGCACCGGCUCCGGCACCGGCGCCACAUGCUGCGGCAUCCGCGCCCGCGGCGGCUGCCUCUGCUGGUUUGAGCUACGUCACGUUGGGGUCGUUCAGCUGGGAUCAGGACAACGAGAAGAUCAGGAUUUAUGUGUUCCUUGAGGGUGUCGAGCAAGAGAAAGUGGAGACUACCUUUAAGCCAAUGUCGGUGGAUAUAAAAUUCCAUGAUGUUCAAGGCAAGAACUACCGGUGUGCCAUACCAAAGUUGAAUAAGGAAAUAGUUCCUGAGAAAUGUAAGGUUGUGGUGAAGCCUACAAAGGUUGUUAUUACCCUUUGCAAGGCUUCUAAAGGCAACUGGUUGGACCUGCACUUCAAGGAAGACAAGUUCAAGCCAAGCAUGGACAAGGAAAAGGAUCCAAUGUCAGGAAUUAUGGAUUUAAUGAAGAACAUGUACGAGGAAGGCGAUGAGGACAUGAAGCGCACAAUAGCCAAAGCGUGGUCUGAUGCCAGAUCUGGAAAGACGGCUGAUCCUAUGAAGGGUUUACCUUGAGCUGGUAGCCAUGGUUGAUGGAUUUUUGUCUCUGAGCUAGCCCCUACGGUGUUUUUUUAUGGUUGAGAGCGUUUAUCUCGAGGCUGUGUUCGGCCCAAACACUCUUAUAUGUGCUACUUUUCGGUUGUCUUGUUACUGAAAGUUGGACAUGGCAGAUGUAUUUAAAUAUCUUCUUUUGGACGGAGUACUGAAGUCCUCAGAAAUUUCAUGUUUCUGCAUAA